UUUAGAAACGAUCGAUACUCGAAAGGCCAUCCGCCUACUUAUUCCGAUCCUCCUUCUCACACUUCCACCAACAUCAUGGCUCGUCAGUUUUUCGUUGGUGGCAACUUCAAGAUGAACCCUGUUUCCAAACAGGCCAAGGCUGCUCUUGCUGACACUCUCAACAAGGCCGAUCUUGACCCAGCUACUGAGGUCGUCGUGGCGCCUCCAGCGAUAUACCUUUUAUCUUUGAAGGAUAUCCUCAGGAAGGAUAUCAAGGUAUCGGCGCAGAACUGCUAUUUCAAAGAUUCUGGGGCCUUCACUGGUGAAAUCAGCCCCAAGCAACUGGUAGACUCUGAGAUACCCUAUGUCAUCCUUGGCCACUCGGAACGCCGCACACUCUUCCACGAAACGUCGGAGCUAGUAGCGACCAAGACGCGUGCAGCACUUGACUCCUCUCUCAGUGUAAUUCUCUGCAUCGGAGAGACUCUCCAGGAGCGCGAAGCCGAUCAAACUGCUAAGGUAUGCCAGGCACAAUUGAAGGCCGUCGUCGAAGUUCUGAAGGAGUCAGAUUGGAGCAAAAUUGUCAUUGCUUAUGAGCCCGUCUGGGCCAUUGGUACCGGAAAAGUAGCGACAUCUGCUCAAGCCCAGGAAGCUCAUGCGGACAUUCGCGCUUACUUGGCUAAGGCAGUAUCUCCUGCUGUCGCCGACGCUACGAGGAUCAUCUACGGAGGAAGCGUAACUGCCGCGAACUGCAAGGACCUCUCUACGAAACCCGACGUUGAUGGGUUCCUUGUCGGUGGUGCUUCUUUGAAGCCGGAAUUUGUCGAUAUCAUCAAUGCUCGACGGGUCUAAUGAAGGGUAGGGAGAACUAGACCCAAAGAAAUUAUCAAUAAUGAUGUACAAGAUUAAGUAGUAGGUGUACUUGAUACGAUGGGUGAAGCAUUUAUAUCCAAUAUUGAUAUAUAAGAUAGUCAUGCUAAGGUACUGGG